AUGUCUCAGAUCUUCUCCUUCGAUGCAGGCGCCGCACAGCCCCGGACAACUUCAUCUCCUCCAUUCGGAGACUGGACACAGAUACCUCCCCCAGUCACCACGACAGGCGCCAUGGCAACGCCCACUCCGAGUGUGACUCGCAGUGCUGAACAUCCCACAAACGUUGCGGGAUCUCCACCGAUCAAUCUGUCACUCGUGGAAGAUGACUUCAAAACCCCUCAUAAGCCCACAGAUCCUCAACGCGGGGUGAUCUCCCGCGAAAACAGCUCCGCUAGUAUUCCUGUCUCAUUGGCUGGACAAAAACGUUCUAGUCCUGAACUUUCUGGGGCACCUCCAACCAAACUUCAAAAGAUGGCUUCCAGUGGUGGAGUAUCAAUACCUAGACCAAGACCGACAAGAUCGAUCUCGGCCACAUUGCCAGCUUUGCAAACCUCGGGUCUUUUGCAUCAGCCGUAUCAUGCCCCACCAUCAUCAUAUCCAACUGCCAUGCCUUACUCCGGAGAAACAGCUGAUUUGCUUUACGAGUAUUUUCCAUUGAGCAUGGAUGACUGGCAAGCACCAGUGGAUGUUGUUUAUCGGCCUCAUAUCGUGCAUCACACACAUAUGCCGAUAGAUUACAAGUUCAUGGCGUCACGAAAUCGUAGCAAACGAUAUUUCGCUGCUGAAGACGUUUGCUAG